AUGCCGGGCGGUUUUCACCCCCCUGCGGCCGUCAUUUUGGCCUGGCCGAAACCGAAUUACACCGAUCCUCAAGCUAAGGGCAAUGAAUUACUUGUCAUUACUAUAAUUUGUAUGACCUUAUCGACAGCAGCUGUUCUUGCUCGACUCUGGGUGCAGAUACGGCACCAAAAGAAACUCAGGGUCGACGAUCUGAUGCUGGUGAUAUGCAUGGUUCCUACGAUUGGAAUUGGUGCGCUUUUGAUACUCACUGAGACGAAAUUCCGUUGGUUUAGACAUGUCUGGGACUUGCCGCGUAAAGAUAUAGUUGGCAGGCAAUAUCAUAGUUGGAUUACUCAGCUUCUCUUUAUUCUUUCUACUACUUUUAGCAAACUCUCAGCUCUGUUGUUAUACAAGCGAGUGGUUGCGGGAAGUCUAAGUCCGACGUCUAUUUUCCUCGUUAAUACCGCUAUCGUCGGCCAGAGUGCCUAUGGAAUUAUCUUCGCUUUUGUCGGGAUUUUCCAGUGCCGGCCGGUAAAUGCAUACUGGCUGCAGUUCUCCUACCCCCACCCGUAUACAGAGAAAUUCUCUUGUUAUUAUGAGGGUACAGUGCCACUCGCCAACGCAUGCGUCAGCGUUGUGACGGACUUUCUAACUGCUCUACUACCUAUAUGUCUUUUCCUACAAAUGCAAAUCCCGAAGAGGGAUAAAUAUGCUCUCGCGGCAAUCUUCGGUGUUGCGUUCAUUGUCUGCAUCGCUGGCACUGUAAGAACUGUCAUUGUGCAUCGUAUCUUUUACGAAUCUUACGAUAAUACCUGGGUGAGCCAUAAUCUCUGGGCAUGGUAUUACGUCGAGACCAGCCUCCUCGUCAUCUGCUCCGCUAUACCUCCUCUAAGGGUAUACUUGAAACGAAUCUUCGGAGGCUCCAAGUCGGACAGCGAUCACACACCGGCUGUCAACACGUUCCAUAGAAAGCGGGCUAUUGAUGGUUCAGACCCAGCUGAUAGUUCAAAUGGUCGGGCUUCUACAGACUCUAUCGUCUUGCAUGAGGUGGAACACUGUAAGGUUUAG